AAAUUAACAAAGCUUUACACACAGAGAGAGAGAGAGAUGAGAGAAAUCAUAAGCGUACACAUUGGGCAAGCAGGGAUUCAGGUCGGUAAUUCAUGCUGGGAGCUCUAUUGCCUCGAGCAUGGCAUCCAGCCCGAUGGAAUGAUGCCUAGUGACACAACGGUGGGUGUAGGAAACGAUGCCUUCAACACCUUCUUUAGCGAGACUGGAUCAGGGAAACAUGUGCCGAGAGCUAUUUUUGUUGAUCUUGAGCCCACCGUCAUUGAUGAAGUUAGGACAGGGGCCUAUCGCCAGCUCUUUCACCCCGAGCAGCUUAUCUCCGGGAAGGAAGAUGCUGCCAACAAUUUCGCCCGAGGGCAUUACACUGUUGGAAAAGAGAUUGUCGACUUAUGCCUUGACAGAGUGAGGAAGUUGGCUGAUAACUGCACUGGUCUGCAAGGGUUCUUGGUUUUCAAUGCUGUAGGUGGUGGUACUGGUUCUGGAUUGGGCUCGUUGCUUUUGGAGCGCUUGUCUGUGGACUAUGGGAAAAAGUCGAAGCUUGGCUUCACCAUCUAUCCUUCUCCCCAGGUGUCCACUGCAGUUGUUGAACCUUACAACAGUGUUCUUUCCACUCAUUCGCUUCUCGAGCACACAGAUGUGGCUGUGCUGUUGGACAAUGAAGCCAUCUAUGAUAUUUGCCGGAGGUCAUUGGAUAUUGAUAGGCCUACAUACACCAAUUUGAAUCGUUUGAUUUCCCAAAUCAUAUCUUCCUUGACUACUUCUCUACGGUUCGAUGGAGCCAUUAAUGUGGAUAUUACAGAGUUCCAGACUAACCUCGUGCCAUAUCCUCGCAUCCAUUUCAUGCUGUCAUCAUAUGCACCCAUGAUCUCAGCCGAGAAAGCAUACCACGAGCAACUAUCAGUCCCUGAGAUCACAAAUGCAGUGUUUGAGCCCUCGAGCAUGAUGGCAAAAUGUGACCCCCGUCACGGGAAGUACAUGGCGUGCUGCUUGAUGUACCGUGGAGAUGUUGUCCCCAAGGAUGUCAACGCAGCUGUUGCUACCAUCAAAACUAAGCGGACUGUUCAGUUCGUGGACUGGUGCCCUACCGGCUUCAAAUGUGGAAUCAACUACCAACCUCCUAGCGUCGUACCCGGUGGCGAUCUUGCCAAGGUGCAGCGUGCCGUGUGUAUGAUCAGCAACAACACAGCAGUCGCUGAAGUGUUCUCGCGCAUUGACCACAAAUUCGACCUCAUGUACUCCAAGAGAGCGUUUGUUCACUGGUACGUCGGUGAGGGAAUGGAGGAAGGUGAGUUCAGCGAAGCUCGUGAAGAUUUGGCUGCUCUCGAAAAAGAUUAUGAAGAAGUUGGUGCAGAAGGUGUUGAUGACGAAGACGAUGAAGGUGAAGACUACUAACGUAGCUGGUAAAAGUUUGGCACUUUAAUGAAGUUGUUGGGCUAAUGAAGUUGUCUCUUUGUGUAUUAAUGUGUUCCUUUUAAUUUGGUUGUAUUAUCUUUAAUUGAAACUUGUUUCUCUUUCCAAGCAAUGUAAAUUUUCACUUUCUAGUAAGAAGCACAUUUUGUUACA